UUGGUUUGCCCUUUCAAUCAUCAAAAGGAAAUUAGUAUCCAUUAUAGCCUUCCUGUCAAUUUAAUUUUCUCACUAUAUAAUUUUCCUUGAAAGCUUCUCAUAGUGUUAGGAAAGUUGCAUCCAUUAUUCAUCAUGGUGGGGCUACCUAACCCUGCAGGGGAAUCAAGCAGGAAGAUAAAGGAAUGGCAUCACAGAGGGAGGAAUGGGAAACCAGCAAGAUAAAAACAAACCAUGCACUUUUCCUCUUUUCUCUCCUUUUGAGACUCAAAUUGAACUGUGUUGCUUAUUCUGUUUUUGCUGCAUCAGAGAUUCUCUCCAUCCACCCCCUUUCAAGUAGAAGAAAGAAGAAAAAAUAAAAAAAAAACAAAACGAGAAAAGUUAGUAUGAAAUGGGGGAUGAGAGAAAGGAAGAGCCGCAGCUCAUGCCAUAUAUUCCCUCAGCAAUACAACCCCACCUAUUCUUCCAGAUAUGGAGUGAGAUCAUAGGACAGCCCAACAACUCCAAAAUUAUAAAGAGAACUACAGCUGCUGCAUAUUGAAAGCAUAACUCCUAAAAAGGGAUCAAAACCCACACAUGAGUUUCAUUUCUCUGCCCCCUCUGCCUGUCUCUCUUACACAACACAAAAAACAUGGGUCUGCAAAAUAUGCAAAAUCAAAACAUGAAUUUGAUUAUGUCAACUGAUGCAAAGCCUAGGCUAAAAUGGACUCCUGAACUUCAUCAAAGAUUUGUUGAAGCUGUCAAUCAACUUGGAGGGGCAGACAAAGCAACACCAAAGAGUCUGAUGAGGGUGAUGGGAAUUGCAGGACUCACUUUGUAUCAUCUUAAAAGCCAUUUACAGAAAUACAGGCUGGGGAAAAGCCAACAGACAGAAAUCUGCCUUGGCAAUAAACAAGAUGAUUACACAGAGAGACAAAGCAGUAAUGGGAAUUUCAGUAGAGAGAUAAGUGACGGAACUCACAAACAGAUGAAUGAAAGCUUGCAGAUAGCUCAGGCUCUCCAAAUGCAGAUGAAAGUACAGAGAAAACUUCAUGAACAGAUUGAAGUCCAGAGACAUUUACAGCUAAGAAUUGAAGCUCAAGGGAAGUACCUACAAUCAGUAUUAAAGAAAGCACAAGAAACACUGGCUGCAGCUGGGUAUAGCUCCUCUUCACUCGGUGUAGCUGAACUCUCUCAACUAGUCUCAAUUGUUAACACUGGCUGCACAAGUUCUUCAUUUUCAGAAUUGACAGAAGGAGGAGGUUCAAGCUUAAAACAAAUAGAAAGAAAGACAAUGAGAGGUGCUAUAUGUUCCAUGGAGAGCUCAUUGACAUCUUCUGAGAGCUCUAGGCAAAAGGACAAGGAACCACCAAAAGAUGAGAAUAUUUGUACCCGGAAGUCUAAUACUUCAGUUGAACUUUCCUUAACGGACAUUCACCCAGAAAAGAAGCUCUGGAUUAGUGGUUCAAGCAAUCAAGCUAAUGGAAAGAAAAGAAAUGGGAGUAACAUUUCUGAAGGUACAAGUGUUGAGCAACCACUAGCUAAAAGAUUAGAGCCCCCUGAGGAGGAGACUGGUAGUCGAUUGAGAAAGUCUGGAUUGUUGGGUUCAUUUGAUCUCAACAGCCAAUGCCAUAGUGACAUCGAAUCAGUUCCAAAAGCAAUAGACUUGAACUGCAGGGAAUAGAUCAGCUCAGUGGGCAUGGUUUGGAACUUUUAUGCUGCGUGGUUUUUAGUAAUAUAUGUAAGCAGCGAACCUGAUUAUUUAGAACCAAUCUUUUGUUCAUAAACUAUGUAUAUUGUUAUAUGUAUUGAUAUCAGAAGAAGGUAUAAUGUAUAUUUUGCAAAGACAACUCUUCCUUUAUUCUCUCUCUCUAAAACUUUGAAAAUGAAUGAUGCCAAUAAAAAAAUUGUCCACUAGUCCUUAAGCCAGAGUUGAGAAAUGGAAGCAUAAAAAGUUAUACUUUCAAGAAACUAUUCGCCAUGACAGGCUUCUCAAAGCAUUUAUCUUCUUGCUUAUUGACUUGUCAUUGUGUUUUCACUUAAAGCCUCAAAAUAUGCCACCGCCCAAAGGGGUGUAUCUUUUAUUACUAACCUCUUCUUUGCACGACAACUUCCUUAUUUGACCUUGGAUGUUGCAGGCGGAGGCACCCCUGGCUGCCUCGUCAGCAACCGUGUCUGCGAAAUUCUC